AUGGGAGACUGGCCAGAAAAAGUUGGCGACAGUCAUGGAGUGGCGAAAGCUGGACCCAAGCAUUCCAAUCUAAACACAAAAUUUCUUUCACCGCGUCUACUUUCUUUACUUCCCGACAAAUACGGCAAUUCCAGAAAGCUGCUGUCACCGGACCUAUUUCCAUUCUACGAGCACAACUCCGAUGACAGCAUUUUGCCUUUACCAACAAUUUUGAAGUUUGCUGGUCUGGAUCGCAGUGACAGCAACGCUGUUUUAGAACUGUUGCUGGAAGUCACAGGCGCAAACGACAUCAUCGAAAAAGCUCUGAAUCGGAUUGAUGCUUUGAGGGCAUUGAGGCUGGAUAAAAGCAUAAACAAUAUCACAAUGGCUAUCAAUGCUGCUUUCAAGCGACUUGAAAAAAGCCUUCGACCCGAACAAAAACGGUUUCUGAGUAAACGUCAUUUCGCUUUCCUUGAAAAGGAACAGUUGGAAAACAUCUUUGCAAAAGAGGGUCUGUUCAAUGUCACGCUAGCGGAUCUACCAUUCGACAUUGAUGAGUAUGCCAAAAUGAAUGCUGAAGAACGAGAAGAAUCAUUGCGAAAUACAAUCCGCUUGAUAGCUAACGACUCGAAAAUGUUUCAUCGUCGUUACAAGCGAGACGUACAAGUGCUACAACACACAACCUUAGCACCAUUCAUGUUUGCACCAUCCAUUUUAACGUUGGCAGUACUUGGACCAAUCACCUUAUCUCCAUACAUAUUCUCGCCAAGUAUUCUAUCGCCUUCGGUAUUGAGUCCUAUAACUUUAUCGCCCUCGGUAUUUUCGCCAAGUAUUCUGUCGCCGAUGGUGCUGGACCCUACCGUACUUUCACCGCAGGUGGGAAACCCAAUGGUAUUGUCACCUUAUAUAUUAUCACCAGUCGUACUUUCACCCUCUGUAAUGAUUGCGCAAGUGCUAACGCCAUACGUCCUGUCACCGAAUGUGCUCAAUCCUUAUGUAAUGUCGCCGUUAAUCCUAUCUCCGUAUGUUCUCUCACCUGAUAUUUUGUCGCCUACUCUGCUGUCCGGAUCCAUUCUAUCACCAUCAGUGCUCUCUCCAGCAGUGCUAAGCAACGCUACUUUAGCGGUAGAUUUUUUGUCGCCAACGUUCUUGUCAAGAUAG